AUAUGAUUUUAUUUCCUAACGAAUUAUUAUAUGGCGAAGAGUUAAAUACUGCUCUCCAGGAAAUGCACGCAAACAAACGAUACGCUAAAUUAGUAUUUUAUCUAGAUACAUGCGAAUCAGGCUCAAUGUUUAACAACUUGUUACCCAAUAAUAUAAACGCGUACGCCGUGUCGGCCAGCUCGCCGGACCAGGUGAGUUGGCAAGCGUUUUGUGACGAUCCAAAGCUACAAGCUUGUUAUGGUACAUUAUUUGGAUAUUACUGGAUGAUGGAUAUCCAGCGACUAACAUCGGCAACACUGCAGCAACAGUUUGACAAUAUAUUUGCAUUUACUAACAAUAGUGACCGACCUGUAGAACCCGGUGAUACUCAACAAGCGCAACAAUAUGGUAAACAAAAAAUCAUGGAAAGUAUUGACGACUCAGUCAAUGAAGUCUACAGUCGGCUAAACACUAGAGAUGUGCCAUUAUUUAUGGCUAAGAGUGCUGUCAAACAAACGCUGAGUAUCACUGAGAAAAUACGUAAAAUCUGCAAGGAGUCAAAUGAUAUACUUCAUAUGGCCAGACGAUCUCUUACAGAACUCUGUGCUGUGAAUAGAUCGGGUCCAGGACUUUUGGUUCAUAACAAAGAGUUGUUCACAACAUGGAGAGUAGUUCACAGCAUAGAAGGUUCACAGCAUAGAGUUCCCACUAAUCCAUACGUUUUGGGAAAACUGUAUAUAUUUGUGAAUAUAUGCGAAGAAAUGCGUGAAUCGAGUGAUGCGGACAUCAAUGCUGUCAACCAAUUGCUGAUACAAUACUGUCAACAAAAC